AUGUCAAAGCCGGUCGCUGGCGACGCGCCAGACCGCGGCGGAUCGAGACACAGGGGCAAUGCCAGUGGCGCCCACAAGUCUCCCGCGUCGGGUGGCCCACGGGGAGGAGGAGGGCCAGGCGGGCGGUCGGGUGGCGCCAAACACGAUGGCAGCGAGCCGCUCACGACACCGAUCGUGCUUGCCAAGCCGACCAGCAGCAGCAGCGUCCAUGCUGCUCAACCUGCUGCUGCUGCUGCAACAUCUGCUACAACGACCGCGCCAACGCGAGUUCUGGUGACCAAGUCGAGUCACUCGUCGUCGUCGGCGAGCUCCACAAGCGAGGGCCAGGCAAGCUCAACCUCUGCCGCAUCGUCAUCCUCUGCUCCGGGGCCGUCGUCGUCUGGAUCGUCACAUCACAACCACAUUGCCUCGAUUUGCACCUGGCACAUGAUUGGCCGCGCAGCUGUCGGCGGUCCGCUGGAGCUCUUACCGCCUCCCGCCACUGUGCAGUCAAGCAGCUUCCAACCCGUCCAUUCCAUUCUGCUCAAUUCGGACGUCAGCAACUAUCACGUCGUCGGCGUGCUGGGGCGCUCGGGUGUUGGCAAGUCCUCGCUCAUGAACGCCGUUGCCGUUGUUCUGGGUCGACCUGCCACUCUGCUUCAGUCCCCCAUCACCCCGGCCACCGCAGAGGUCGCAGCUGCCAUUAGUGCAACCGCACCGUUUGCGACGUGGAAGUACAAGUCGUCCCGACGCACUGUCGGGGCUGCGCCAAGCGAUGCGCUGAAACCACCCGCGCCACGCCAGCCCGCGACACACUUGGCAACCUCUGGCAUUCACACGCAUAUGGUUGGGCCGGUUCGCACCAUUCUCAUGGACACACAGCCCAUGCUUCACUUUUCCAACUGCAGCACCAACAACAGCGGCGCCACCGUCACGCAUGACUUGGCAGAAACAUUGAACGUGGGAUUGUUCCUGCUAUCCACCUGUCAUACCAUCGUUCUCGUGUGCGACGAUGUAGUCGCAGACGCCAGCCUCCUUCGCCUGCUCAAAACGCUAGUCAUGUUGCGACCUGCUUGCACCCCGACCGAGAGCGUUUGGAGGCCUGCCUCCGCGGGUCGCGAAGAUGCGCCCUCCGAACAAGGCCCGCCGUUGCCACCUGGAAAGGAGUAUCGAACGCUAUCCGCCGUCAUUGUACUGAAUGCCGAGCGGUGGAGCAACAACGCAGUCCAUCUUGCAGCGCAACUGAGCCUGUUCCACGAGCUCAUUGCGCACGUCGCUCCCGUCGUCGCGCAUAGUCUUGAUCUUUCCGCUGACCGAAUUGUUGUCAAAACGAGCACCAAUCACUGGCGGGACGUUGCUGAAGGCGUCGUUGCCCACGUUGCUGAAGGCGUCGUUGCCCACUUCCGCCAAUCCAGUCCGAUUCGACCUCCAAUCAUUGCUCCUCUCGAUCCGCCUGCGACCAGUCAAUUGCUCCGUGUGACUGAAAGGGAGUGGCUGCGACAUGUUGGCCAUUCGUGGAAAUCUAUUUGCACGAGCCCCGCACUUGCCGACUACCUUGAAGUGUUGCGGCUGACGACAUGA